AUGUGGUGGAGGCUUUGCAGCUUGCUGGCUUGGUUCCCCUUACAAGAGGCCUUUCGGACCAACCACAUGGAAACCGCCACCCUGGAGGAAGGCCAGACACUCACUCUAACGUGUGUCAUUUCUCAGGCGGAGACCACCUCCCUGCAGUGGCUGGCCCCGUCGGGUUUCACCAUUUUCUUCAGCGAGCAUCCCGCUUUAAAAAAUUCCAAAUACCAGCUUCUUCAUUACUCCUCCAAUCAGCUCUCCAUCAGGGUGCUGAAUAUAACACAGCAAGAUGAAGGUGUGUACAAGUGUCUGCAUUACGGCAACUCCGUGAGAAUAAAGGAAGUGAAAGUGAUCGUGUUAGCAACUCCUGUCACGCCAACCUUGGAAGUUUCCGUUAGAAAGGAAAAUGGAGAAGAACAUGUCCUGCUGAAAUGCUCCACCGUGAGAAGUAAGCCUCCUCCACGGAUAACCUGGCUCUUAGGGGAUGACAUGGAGCUCCAAGGUGAAACCCACCAUGAAUAUGAAACUGAUGGGAAGCCGUGUAAUAGCACCAGCACACUCAGAGUCCACACAUACGGCAAAAACUCAACGGUGAGCUGCAUUAUCCGACACAAAGGCCUGCAAGGAAGAAAACUGGUAGCCCCCUUCCGGUUUGAAGAUUUAGUUACUGAUCAAGAGACAGCUUCAGCUGCCCUGGGGACAAGCUCUCCAUCCUCUCAAGACCCUCAGCAGUCCACUAGUAUCGUUGCAGUAAUGGAAGAUUCUAGUACAUCAGAGAUUGACGAGGAAGAGGAAGAACAAACCACUCAAGUCUCUCACUUGGCCACUGAAGCGAAUCGUCAGUUUGUGGGACUGACGAGGAGGAAGAGCGGCAUCCUGCUGCUGACCCUUGUGUCCUUCCUCAUUUUCAUUCUCUUCAUCGUCAUCCAGCUCUUCAUCAUGAAGCUUCGGAAAGCACACGUCAUAUGGAAAAAAGAAAAUGAAAUUUCAGAGCACACUCUAGAAAGUUACAGAUCGAGGUCAAAUAAUGAAGAAACAUCGUCCCAAGAGAAAAAUAGCCAAAGUAACCAUCCCUGA